GGUUGCAUGGUCACCACGCAAUCCCCGUCCUGCUAUCUAACCAUUUUUUCCCGUAUCAUAAAUCUGAGGGAUAUUUACGUCAUUUCACAUUUAAAAUGGCCAGCUGUCAGAUACGAGUAAACUUGCGAAAGCUGAUGGUUGUUGUAUUAAGUUCCCUCUAUAAAUACAUGCACGUAUGCGUCCCAUCUAAAUCGAACCCCCGCUUCAACGCUACAAAACGAAAAAUAAAAAAUAAAAAUAGAGAAGUCUGCUUCAACGCCCAUCUCUCGCAGCAGCCUCUCUCUUCCCAAAUGCAUUUCGGGUCUAUGGUAUCCGCUCCAACACAACCCGCAUUUCGGCUAGGGCGCGUCCCAGCAACCCAUCACGUGUCGCCUUUAAACCCCCUCCGAAGGACGCGCGCAGCGGUGCAGACGCUGCAAACCUCGACAUUCACCGCUCCGAAUCUCCAAAAACCGACCGACUCGAUUCGAGCCCACCUUUCUAACCUAGAGAGACUUCUCCAAAAAGAUCCAUCACAUUUGCCGGACCUACCUCAAAAGGAUUCUGGUAAAUCAUCAGUGCCGGAAAACAAAGGAAGGGGCGUCUUAGACGGCCUGAAUCUUGGCGGGAUCUGGCCCGGAUCGAGGAAGGCCGAGGAAAUGUCGCCUCGGCACAUGAACAAUCUCCAGCGGCUCCUGUCGAGGUCGCCGGAAUAUUCUCCCAGGAACAAUAUCGGGAAACGGUGGCCGGAGUACCAUGGCUGCAACGAUUGGGCCGGCCUCCUCGACCCGCUCGACGAGAACCUCCGGCGUGAGGUCGUACGGUACGGGGAGUUCGUGCAGGCAGCGUACCAGUCGUUCCACUCAAACCCUGCAACGUCAGCUGGGGACCCGCCAUCUCCUCGCCACGUGGCGUUGCCCGACCGGUCGUAUAGGGUAACCAAGAGCCUCUACGCCACGUCAUCCGUCGGGCUGCCAGCGUGGGUGGAUGACAUGGCGCCGGAUUUGGAGUGGAUGACGCAGCGGUCCAGCCGGAUAGGGUACGUGGCGGUCUGCGAGAGCGAGAAAGAGAUCGCACGGAUGGGUAGACGGGACAUUGUAAUCUCGUUGCGUGGGACGUCCACGUGUCUCGAGUGGGCCGAGAACUUCCGGGCAACCCUGGUGCAGGUCCCACCUGACGACGGUCCCAGCAGCAGCACGAAUCCGAAGGUGGAAUGCGGAUUCUGGAGCCUGUACAAGACACGUGGGGCGCACGUGCCGAGCCUGUCAGAGGCGAUCGUGGAAGAGGUUCGACGGCUCUCGGAACUUUACAAGGGCGAGCCGCUCAGCAUUUCUGUGACGGGCCACAGCCUCGGUGCUGCCCUCGCGCUGCUGGCUGCUGACGAGCUCAGCACGUGCUUCCCGCACAUGCCACCAGUAGCAGUCUUCUCCUUCGGUGGUCCACGAGUCGGGAACCGUGGGUUCGCAGACCGAAUCAAGGCGAACGGAGUCAAGGUACUUCGCGUCGUCAACGCUCAGGAUGUGAUCACAAAGGUCCCAGGGAUGCCGGUCGGAGAAGGGCUCGACCAGAAGCUAAGCGUGCUAGAAGCCACGCCGUGGGCGUACUCGCACGUGGGGAGCGAGCUGAGGGUGGAUAGCAAAAGAUCACCGUAUCUGAAGCCGAACGCUGACGUGGCGUGCUGCCAUGACCUGGAGGCGUACCUACACCUGGUGGACGGGUUCCUAGCUUCAAACUGUCCUUUCAGAACAAACGCCAAGAGAAGCCCUGCAAGACUGCUUCAUGAGCAAGGUUCUAAUGUCAAGAAGUUGUAUACGUACAAGGACUUGACCUUGAAUUUAGAGACAAUGGUGGGGUCCACUCCAAGUUGCCUCCCCAGCCCUUCAUGACUUUGAUUGAUGUAUUAUUAAGCGUCGUGAUUCGGGACACUAGAAAAUUGAGGUUGGAUUUAGAAAUUUCAAGGGUCCAGUGGCCGAUGUGAAUAGAGAAAUUGUUCAAAAUGUUAAUUAAAAUCCCGAGGAAUGUAUUUAUUUAUUUUUAAUAAAAACUUAU